GAGUCUAAACCAGCGUCUGCAGGACUCCACUGACACUGAAAUAAGCCUUGAGGUGAACACAAACAUGGCUGCUGCUCCCUUCUCUGUAAAACCUGCAGCUGGAUGGAUGACUUUCUGGCCCCAGCAGGGAGGAAGUAGAACCUCACAAGGUUCAUUCCCUGCUAAACGAAGAUGUUCUUCAGCCGCCGCUGCCAAGACUCUUCUGUUGGACAGAGAAGAUGGUAAACCAGAGUCCAUCACUGUAUGCAGCUCAGGAACCAAACAAAAAACAGAAUCACAGAAGCGCUGCUCUGUGAAGAAGAGAAAGCAGGAAUUAUGCAACCAGAGCCUGAAGACUAAUGUUGGAGCUGCAGCGGUAAGAUUUGAGGGAGGUCAGUCUGUAGAGGAACAAAUCUAUAGAACUGAGCCAGUGCAAGAAGAUGAAGGAUCCCUGACACCUAUGGCUGAGAACGACCCGAUCGACCAUCAUGGAGGUCCUCUGGUAUCUGAGGGGAUUGGGAAUCUAGCUGGUGAUCAACCAGUGACAGAGACUGAGGUGCAGAAACUAGAGACUUCCUCUAACCUGCUGACUGAGGCUGAGGAGGAACCUUUUAGAGGAGUUUACAAAGUGAUGGAUUCAAGGGAGGAUCAGACUCCUACUGACAGAGAGUCUGAAACUAAUGAAGAAAAACCAACAGGAGACGAUGGACCAACCAGAAGCUACACAUCUGGAAGGGAAGGGAUUGAAAGUAACACAGAGACGGAUGAAGAGAUGGAGGCGGAUGAACAUGGAUCUACCAGAGGAAGAACGACUGAGGGAGAUGUUUGGAACCAAGAAAAGAAACCAUCUGGUGGAGACGAGGAGCAGCAAAGGGAGGAGAAAACUCCUCUGGAGGAAAUCCAUCCAGCAGAGAAAGGUGACAGCGCAACAGAUGUUAGAAUAAAGAGAAACCUGAUGGAGCUCCGUUCCAUGGAUGAGAGCGAAGGAUGUGAAGAGCAAGAAAAAACCCUACAGAAAGAGAGUCCAAGAUCUGCAGCAGGAAGAGGGAGACGCUCAGUCAGCAGUGAACCAAGCAGAGGGCUGGAUGGACUGAAGACGUUUCCCCUCCAGUCCUCCUCGGUCUCCCUUAGCUUUAAGCUGUUCCCUUCCAGCUGCAGACCUCUCCUCGGUGAGGCGUUUGUGGAGCCUCUAUUGGGUCGAUUCUGCUCCCUUUGCUCCGUUUUCUACCUGGACGGGACCACAGCUGAUGACUCCCACUGCAGCAGCCGCGCUCACUACGACCGCCUGAAGGUACGAUCGAAACACAGCCAGGGUUUAACUCACCAGCUCAGCCUCAGCUCCUCUUCAUCUGUCCUUCAGAAUUAUUACCAGAAGCUGUCAACGACUGAAUCCAUCGACCUGAUUUACCAGACAUCUGCAUCUGACUGAUCUGACCGUCUUUGAGGUAAUCCUCAAUCAAGUGUCCAACCGCAGCAUCGCACUGUGGAAGAUGUAUGCUACUGUUGUAAAGCUUAUUGUUACCUUCUCCUCCUGGAUGCACAGUUUGCUUUCUUUUCCCUUUCUGCUGCCAGAGAUGUUGCUGUAUAAUAGUGGACAUUGUGGCGCUGGAUGGAAGUUAUACUUUCUAAUUCAAUGUUCUUCAUUUGCUGCACAGAUGGAAAUGAGAAACGUGUUCCUUUCCGGAUCAGGUUAAAGAUUCAGAGCCGUUCAGCCGUCAAAAUGUUAUUUAUCUUUUGGAAGAUCGAGGCAGACUGAUUAGAUUCUCCCUGUUGCUUAGGUUUUUUUAUUUUUAGGGUUUUUCCACAGAAAUUGUUUUUGUUUUUCCAGCCUCACUGGGUGGAAGGAAAAAAAAACUUUAAAGUGAAGGAGCGUUAUUAGGGCCCCAUAUGUUGACUUACUGUGGAAGUAAUAUGGUUGAUUUGUCCCUAACAGAUACUCUACGAAAUUUCUUCCAAAGUUUGGAAAAACUUUUUUUUUUCCCCCCAAUAUUUCAGUUGUUGAAAAUGAUAAAUUGCUUUCAAAGUGUUGAUUUAUGUAACUGUAAUCAUCAGCUGCUACCUGAUUGUACAAUUGCUUUCUUUUGUUUGUAUUGUACUUAAAUACCAUUAAAUGUUGCAUGAAAGUAGUUGUCUUCUGAGACCGAUUGCAGCCCUUAAACACGCUGGAAGGCGGUGCUGCCGCGCUCAGAUGGUCUCAGUGCCCUGGCAUGACGGGCUGCUGGUUCCAGCUGGACCAAAAUAAA